UUGACAGUUACUUUGACAGUGUUUUCUGGCCGUCGUGAUCCUACUUGGACUAUACCUUCCAGCCACCCAAAUUGUAACCGAAUUAAAAACCAUAUGGCAAAAUCACCAACUAUUUCACCAGAAAACAUGCCGGCGCGACUGGGCUACAAGGGUUUCACAGUGCGAGAAGAAUCUGGACGGGAGCGACUGAUUCUUGGACAGUCAACGAGGGCCUUGCAACACCUGUUACUUUCGACUAUGCCUGCAGGAGAACUACUAAAGGAAAACAUCGACGAAGUUCAAAGAGAUAUUGAUAAAUUAGAUAUACACCAUGCUCUCGGAUCGACAGCAUCGUCAGUCUCCUCUCAGGAUUCAAAGAAACGAAGAUGCAAUAACUGUUACAAUUAUGCCAAUGAUAUCCUAACAGACACUUAUUCCCAGCCUGGUUUAGCAAGUGGACAGGUGUUUAGUGGCUACAAAGGCACAAGUCUCGUAUCUGCUGCGCAGCUCGAUGGGUUGAAAACUGUACCGGAAGAACAAGUAUUUCGUAGCUACAAAGGCACCAGUCUGGGAUCAAGUUCGAAGCUCUGUAAGCACAAAAAAUACACUCUGGCUCUCGCCAUUGACCAAGGUGAAUUGUUUGACGUUUCUGCAUAUUUUCUAAAACGUUUCCUCUUAGUUUCAAAAUAAGAUUCAAUUUCAAUAUAAGAUUGCUUUGGCAACGGGUCGUUGGCAAUAGGGUAUUGGGUGUUCAGGAUUCGAAACUUAUUCCAAUGAUAGAUUUGCUUGAGUGCAUGACUACCAAACAAUAGCCCCCUUGUGGAUGCGCAAGCCAAAUGCCCAUAAUAUAUUUUAUUGAAACAGGAAUAUAUUAAAAAAGUAAAAUAAUAACAAAAGCAAAAACAAAAAUGAAACCCCAAAUAACUUUUAUUGAAUCAAGUAUAUAUUUAAAAAAAGUGGAAUAUGUGGAAUAUAAAACGAAAUAGACAGCAAACCAAACCUUAAGAAAGCAAAAAAAAAAAAAAAACAGGAAAAAAUUAGCUCGGAAUAUUAACUAUACUUCUUCUUUCCUUAAUUUUAUAUUUAUCUAUUUAUCUAUUCAUUUUUAAGGUUACUCGUGAAAAACGCUAUAGCAUUCAGUUUGUGCUUUGUCAAAUAAUAACAAUUUUUAUUUUUUUUCUAUCAUAUAUGUCAAGGCUCGCAGGACAGGUCUGGCGACUUUCAUUGGUACCGCCGUGAUGGCGUUGAAAAAUGGUCCCACAAGCCCGGCCAAGCUAGACCGACCUUUAAAGAUAACGACAACAAGGACAUCAAAGACCCUCGGAAAGCAAACAUGGGCAGCUAUAAGAUUGUAGCGUUUAUGGAAAGCUGUAAAGAUACUGUAAACAUUCAAAAUAACGAUGUGUGCUUGUGA